ACAGGACAUUUCAAAGCAAACAUCUGUCUGAUGGGCUGAAAAGGGGCAGAGGCAGGCUGCAGUUCAGCUCAAUAUUCUGUGUACAACAGGGUGUGCAAAAGGUUAACAUGAAAGGAGGAAACUGAAGCUGCUUAAAAGAAAAAAGAUAGUGAACUGGUGAAGAGGCAAGAAUAACUGCAGCACAGAGGAACAUCUGUAAAAGCAGAGAAGGGGCAACCAAGCAAAAUAUAAUCUUUUCACAACAAAAAGAUGGAGUACAAAGUGACGGUGGCCACAGGUACCUCAGAAUAUUCAGGAACCAAUAACUAUAUCUUUGUGACUCUGGUUGGGGAGAAAGGAGAGAGUGAGAGAACAGUGCUGGACAAUCCAGGCUUGGACUUCUGUAGAGGCGCGGUGGAUGAUUACAUAGUCAGAAGUGAUGCUGAUUUGGGUCGCCUGAUACUGGUGCGACUGGAGAAGAAAAAGUACUGGGUGGAGGAUAACUGGUUCUGCCGUUAUGUGAAAGUCAGUGUACCUGGUGAAAUAUUCAGCCAUACUUUCCCUUGUUACCGCUGGCUAGUGGGAGAUGGAGUAAUGGUAGAGCUAAGAGAAGGCACAGCUAAAAAGCUCAGUGAGGACUCCUUGCCACAGGAGAUAGCUCACAGAAAAGCUGAGCUUCAGGAGAGGCAGAAAACAUACAGAUGGUUUGCAUGGGCUCCUGGCAUUCCAAAAUGCAUUGACUCCAAGACAGAGGCAGACCUCCCCCAGGAUGUCCGCUUCGACAACGAGAAGCACAGUGACUUUGUGGGAUCCCUGCACUUUGCACUUUUGGAGCUCUCGCUGAAAAAACUGGCAAUAAAGUUUGGAAAGUCCUGGGAUGACCUGGAUGACUUCAAAAGGAUCUUCUGGAAGUUAAGAAGCCCUGUAGCUGAAUACACCAUGGAGCAUUGGAGAGAUGAUGGAUUUUUUGGUUACCAAUUCCUCAAUGGCUCAAAUCCACGGAUGAUUAAGAAGUGCAGAGUGCUGCCCUCUAACUUUCCUGUCACUGGAGACAUGGUGCAGUCCUCUCUGAUUCCUACAACCACUCUGAAGGAGGAACUCAAGAAAGGAAAUAUAUUCCUGGUUGAUCAUGCUAUAUUGGAUGGGAUUCCUGCUAAUGUAAUCAGAGACCAGAAGCAGCACAUAGCUGCCCCACUCUGCUUACUGUAUGAGCACCCUGAAAAAGGCCUCAUUCCUAUUGCCAUACAGCUUGAGCAGAAACCUGAUAAGGACACACCCAUAUUCCUUCCUAGUGAUCCACCUCUGACCUGGUUAUUGGCUAAGAUAUGGGUUCGUCAUGCUGAGUUCCAGAUUUUUCAAGUGUUAUCACACCUGCUACGUACACACUUGGUGGUUGAAGUGAUCUGUGUGGCCACACUGCGACACCUACCUGCUGUUCACCCUAUAUAUAAGCUGUUGACUCCCCACCUGAGGUAUACACUUGAGAUUAACAUUCGUGGCAGAACACAGCUCAUCUCACCAGAUGGCAUCUUCAAAAGGGUGGUAUCAACAGGUGGAGAAGGACUGUUGAUUCUGGCACAGAGGGAGUAUAAAGUACUGACCUAUCGCUCCCUUCAGCCUAAAUUAGACUUCUUGGACAGAGGGGUUACUAAACUGAGAGGCUAUUUCUACAGGAACCAUGCCUUGAUGUUGUGGGAUGUGAUUCAAAACUUUGUCUCAGGAAUAGUUUCCCUGUACUACAAGAGUGAUAGAGAAGUGGAAAAGGAUGCAGAACUUCAGGCUUGGAUUAAAGAUGUGGCUACGGAGGGCUUUGUAGAUGUGCCUCAUUUUGGUCUAGCCAGUGAGCUGAAGAGCAAAGAAGAGUUGAUCACCCUGUUGAAUGUGGUGAUCUUCACCAGUACAGCACAACAUGCUGCCACCAACAACGGACAGUUUGAUUGGUGUGCAUGGGUACCCAAUACACCCUGUACCAUGCGGCAGCCCCCACCAAGAGACAAGGAUGCUGUUACCAUGGGCUUAAUUAUGGACACACUCCCUGAUAUCAGCCAGUCCUGUGUGCAGAUGGCCAUCACGUGGCAUUUGGGCCGGGCACAACCAGACGCAAUCCCAAUGGGGCAGUAUGUGGAACAGUACUUUACUGAGCCUGCUGCUUUGAAGGUAUUUGACACAUUCAGAAAGGAGCUGAAAGUCUUGGAGGAGCACAUUAUGGCUCAGAAUGAGGGACUAGAACUACAGUACCUUUAUCUGUGUCCAAGCCGCAUAGAAAAUAGCAUCACCAUUUAGAGAAAAAUCUCUAAUUCUGUUCUGUAUAAUUAGAAUUAAUUGGCAUACUCAUUACAAAAAUCCAGUGAGGUGAAUUAAUACAGUAAUAAUCCUUGUUGCUGCUUUUCCUUUAUACUACAUUUUCAACAGAAAUGUAAGCUGUCCAUUGCAUUUCCCCUGAACACCUUCAAUACUCUGUUAAAAAUGAAUCUGGUGAAAAUAAUCAUAUUAGCAGGCUCACUGAGCGAGUUUUCUUUUUGCAAAUGUCACGAGGAAAACAGGCAGUUGAGGAUGUUUGAAAGUCCUAUGGUUCUAAUUUGAUAAUCUUCUGAUCAGCAGAUGAAAACAUUUGAAUAAAACCAAUGCCUUACCUAGACAUAGCUGACACAAGAGCUUUAUCAGGAGCAUUUGUGGCAGCAGAAAUACUUCAGUAUACUUUUGUUGAAUGUUUUUUCCAUUAAUAUUUUUUCAUUUAUUAGUUUGUUACCUUUCUGAAAACAUUUAUCAACAUAGAAAGCUUUUAUUUCAUUCUUUUUAGUGAACAAUAUUUAUUUUACUUUUAAAAUGAGUUAAUGAGAAAGAGGUACCUUUACUUGUACUAGAUCUGUGUAUUUUUCUUCAUCAUUAUAUUCUUUAAUGAAUGCAUUCUGCUUCAGAAAUACACAACAUGAUGAAGAGAUGAAAAGAUUGACGUGUUACAGCCAUUAUCGUACAUAAUAGCUAUAGGAAAAACAUGCUGACUUUCUGAUUCAUGAUUAACUUCCUAUGCAUACUGUAUACUUUCUAAAAUACAGAAAAGUCUAUUUCUCUCUCUCUCUCUCUCUCUCUCUCUCACACACACACACACAGACAUACCUCUGUAUCAAAUCUUCCUUAAUUGUUACACAUGUAAAACUGGAGGCCCAAUAAAAGUUCUAGUCUGAAUGAUGGCUCACAAAAAAAUAUGCUUAGCAUUUUCUACAGUUGCGUAGGCAAAAUCUUGAGACAUUUAUUGUGAAAAUAGAACCAUGGUGAUCAUGUGAAAUUCCAUUUGAUGUAAAAUUCCAGUUAAAAUUCCUGUUCUGAGUGAUCUAUAUUUGACAUGUGUAGAAGUAUAAAUAAAAUCACAAAUCAAUUAUCAA